AUGGACGCUAGCUAUAAUUAUGAUUAAUAUGCUUAAAAGGCAUACUCGGCAAAUGUAUUUAAAGUGGAUGAAUCUGAAUUUAUUAUUGAAAAGAGAUACAAACCAACAUAGUAGUUGGGAAGCGGUGCUUACGGCAUAGUGAUUGGUUGUGAAGAUACAAAGCCAAAUACGCCAGAAUAAAAAAUGGUCGCCAUAAAAAAAAUUGAAAGAACAUUUGAGCAUCGGUUUUAUGCUAAAAGAACACUGAGAGAGUUAAAGAUUUUAAGAAACUUAAGGCAUGAAAAUAUUGUUAAUUUAAUCACUCUGCAGUUACCGAAGUCAAGAAAGCAUUUUUAUGAUAUUUAUUGUGUAACAGAACUAUUGGACACUGACCUAAAACGAGUAAUUGAUAAGGAACAUGCAAAAUUGAAUUAAGAUCACUUUAAAUUGUUUCUGUAUUAAAUUCUCAGAGCCUUAAAAUACAUGCAUUCAGCCAACAUUUUGCAUAGAGAUCUUAAACCAACAAAUCUGUUAUUAAACAAACAGGAUUGCAUGUUGAAGGUUUGUGACUUUGGAUUGUCGAGAGCCUUAUUAUAGACAACAAAAACACAAUAGCAAAAUCCAAAUAUAAUGACAGAUUAUGUUGAAACCAGAUAUUACAGAGCUCCAGAAUUAUUGUUAGGACUUAAAACUUAUACUCAAGCAGUGGAUAUAUGGAGUGUGGGAUGCAUAUUCGCAGAAAUAGUUAGAGGCAAAACCCUGUGGAGAGGAUAAAAUUCUAAGCAAUAAAUCAAAAUGAUUUUUGAAACUCUUGGAACACCUUCGAAGUCAAAGAUUAUGUAAGUUCAAGAUACCUUCGUAUCCUCUAAACUAAUUGAAUUAGUUUCAGAAUUAGGUACUCUAGAAAGAGUUCCUUGGGAUAAAGUGGUUAAAGGUUUACCACCUGAAGGAUAUGAUCUUCUCGAGAAACUAUUAGAAGUUGAUUAUAAGAAAAGGAUCACAGCUGCUGAGGCUUUAAAACAUCCAUACUUAAAGGAAUUACACAAUCCAAGUGACGAGCCUACCAGAUCUCCAGUAUCCAAUAUGGAGUUUGAAUUUGAAAUGUAUGAGUUCACUAAUGAAUAGCUUAAAGAUAUGAUUUAUGAGGAAAUUCUCUUGUAUCAUUAUCCUGAUUUUAAGAAAUAAUAUGAAGAGAAGAUUGCCAAUAAUUAAAGUGUGAUAAACCACAUUAUGAAGGGUGAAAGUGCUAAAGUAAUUGAUCCGGAAGCGGAUGACGAUUAUCCCAUUUGA